UGAAUAUUUUUCCUUAAAACUUCAGGUUUGCUGAUAAAAUAUAUUCCUGUAAUACUUCUGGCUGUUAUCAUUAUCUACAUCAAACUUCAACAACAACUUCCAAGAUUGCGUCAUAACUUUGAAGAAAAUAUGGAAAAAGACGUAUUAAACACCACAACUGCUCAAAAUACAUGCUCAUACCAGACAAAACCAUAUUUAGUAAGCAAGUGUGCUGGAAGGUUAGGGAACCUGAUGAGUUGCUUGGCAGUUGCCUGGGCGCUUGGCAAAAAAUAUGGACUUCAGGCAAUACUGCAAGAAAAGCACUUAAGAAAACUCAGCAAAAUAUUCAAGAACCUAAAGACUUCUGAAGUAUAUUCUGAUAAAACAAUUAAAAACUGUUCAAAUCUAACCUGGAAGAAUUAUAGUGCGGAUCAACUUAUGGCCGAACAGGAAUCUUGUAACAAAGGGAAACUUUCUGAGUAUCUGAAACUACAGGUCGGAGAACAGAAUUGCUCCAAGAUGGAUUUAUCUCAUCCCAACGUUCUAAUGGAAGGACUUAAUCUAAAAAUAUACGCUCUCCAACCAUUUAGGAAGGAGAUUUUUAAUCUAUUCCAGUUUGUUGAGGAGCUAGAGGAAGAGGCGGUAAAGGUUGUGAAAAAUAUAUCUGCAGGUCAACUUGACCUUGUGCUUGUGGGAGUUCAUGUUCGUAGAGAUGAUUAUCACAGGUUCCGGAAAACUAAAUAUGGCGAUGAUUUAUUAUCAGCUGAUUUUUACCUGGAUGCCAUGAACUGGUUUCGAGUCAAGUAUCCAGGAGCACGGUUUCUAGUCUCCAGUGAUGAUAUGCCAUGGUGUGAAGAGAACCUGGUCGGAGAGGAAGUUUUCAUGGUAGGAGGAAGAACACCGGAGCUGGAUUUAGCGAUUUUAUCCAAGUGCAAUCAUUCAAUAAUUGACUAUGGAACAUUCUCCGUUUGGGCAGCAUAUCUAGCUGGAGGAGAAGUUAUUGUUUCAAGUCAGCACAGAGGACCAGCCCUUAGUGUAUCAGGGUACCUGGGUUGGUACAGAGGAAUACCAGGAAAACACAAUAAAAAAUCCAUAAGACAUCAAUCCUACAAUAAACCAAAUUCAUACAUCAAUCGUAAAAUAAACCAAUUAGCAAUCAAUACAACAUCAAUCCUACAAUAAACCAAGCAGAAUUUCAAAAACAUCAAUCCUACAAUAAACCAAUCCAUAAACAUCAAUCCUACAAUAAACUAAGCAGCAUUUCAUAAAACAUCAAUCCUACAAUAAACCAAUCAGCCAAUCCAUAAACACCAAUCCUACAAUAAACCAAGCAGCCAUCUAUACAACAUCAAUUUUACAGUAAACCAAGCACCACUUCAUGAUUCCUCAUACAAUAUGCCAAGGACCAAUCCAUUAAACAUUAAUCCUACAAUAAACCAAGCAGCAAUCCAUGCAUCAAUUAUACAAUAAACUAAGCAGUAAUCUUUACAUCAUCAAUGCUACAAUAAACCAAGCAGCAAUCUAUACAACAUCAAUCCUACAAUAGCUAAGCAGAAAUCCAUUCAAAAUAUUAUAAUAAUAUAUAUAAUAAGAAAACGAACUUCAAAUAACAAUCUUUAAAGCUAGUAGACCAACUAAUAAUAUCCAUGGAACCAUCAUAAAGAAUCUAAGAAAUGCGCAAAACAUGUGGAAUUUCAAUAAUUACAAGUAUUACAACUAUCUAACCACUAUUCCAUAAGAUUUCCCGACAUGAAAUUAUCAUUUGGAAUCCAGUAUCUCAUACUUCAAAAUGGAUUUUCCCCAGACUCUUAUAUGUAAUUUAUAAUAAUUUC